GUUAUUUGGGCGGGUUUAGCACGCAUCUCUCUGUUACUCCAUAGGGAGUGAGCUGGGCUGGCCUUGCUCACCGAGUCCACCUGCACCUCGUUAGAGAGUGUUUGCAUGCCACACCACAAGAUCCCCACAAUGACAUAACUCCAUUCAGAGACUGGCGUGACUGGGCUGGGUUUCCCCCCACCCCCCCCACCUCAGCUCUUGUAUCACUAAGAAUCUGGCAGCCAGUUCCGUCUGACAGAGUUUACAGCAUAUAUUGGUGGAUUCUUGUCCAUAGUGCAUCUGCUUUAAGAAUUAACGAAAGCAGGGUCGAGACAGUAAGGAUUCAAAGCAUUUGCCAAAAUGAAUCUAGGUGUGUUUCCUCUCCUCUUGGCAUUAAUUGGCGGUGCCAGCAGCACCUAUCCUGAUUACUAUGAUUAUUACGAUUUCCCCCAAUCAAUAUAUGGGAGGUCAUCACCAAACUGUGCACCAGAAUGUAACUGCCCUGAAAGCUAUCCCACAGCCAUGUACUGCGAUGAGCUGAAACUGAAGAGCGUGCCAAUGGUGCCUCCUGGAAUCAAGUACCUUUACCUUAGGAAUAACCAGAUUGACCACAUUGAUGAGAAGGCCUUUGAAAACGUAACUGAUCUGCAGUGGCUCAUUCUCGACCACAACCUUCUAGAAAAUUCCAAGAUAAAAGGAAGGGUUUUCUCUAAACUGAAGCAACUGAAGAAGCUGCACAUAAAUUACAACAAUCUGACAGAAUCUGUGGGCCCACUUCCCAAGUCUCUGGUGGACCUGCAGCUCACUCACAACAAGAUCUCUAAGCUUGGCUCCUUUGAUGGACUGGUUAACCUGACCUUUAUCCACCUUCAGCACAAUCAGCUGAAAGAGGAUGCUGUUUCAGCUGCUUUGAAAGGUCUGAAGUCACUCGAAUACCUCGACUUGAGCUUCAAUCAGAUAACCAAACUACCUUCUGGUCUCCCAGUGUCUCUUCUAACUCUUUACUUAGACAACAACAAGAUUAGCAACAUCCCUGACGAGUAUUUCAAGCGUUUCAGUGCAUUGCAGUAUCUGCGUUUGUCUCAUAAUGAACUGGCUGAUAGUGGAGUCCCUGGAAAUUCUUUUAAUGUAUCAUCUUUGUUGGAGCUGGAUCUCUCCUAUAAUAAGCUGAAAAGCAUACCGACGGUCAAUGAAAACCUUGAAAACUAUUACCUGGAGGUCAAUGAACUUGAAAAGUUUGAUGUGAAGAGCUUCUGUAAGAUCCUGGGACCCCUAUCCUACUCCAAGAUCAAACAUUUGCGUUUGGAUGGCAAUCACAUCACCCAAACUAGUCUGCCACCUGAUAUGUAUGAAUGUCUACGUGUCGCGAAUGAGAUCACUGUUAAUUAAUGUCUACUGAGUCCAAUUACAUUGAGGUGUAGCCUGGAACAGCAGUUUAUGGUUAUGUUUAUUUGUGUGUCAGUUUUUAUAGUAUUCAUUUUUUGUUGCUGUUUAUUACUUUCAUAAAUUUCUAAUUCUAAGGGAAAAUGUUUUGUAAACAUUUUACUACUUUUUUAAAAGAGAAGAUGAAAGGCAGGCCUAUUUCAUCAGAAGCACAGACACACACACACACACACACACACACCUUGACAAGAAACUUAAUGCUUUAUUUGUAAAUUUAGUGUUUUUUACAUCUCUACUGUCAAAUGAUGUGAAAGGCUUUUUACUGGUUUCAUGAAAGUCAGUCAAGUUUUAAAAUUUCUAAAUCUUAACUUAAUGUGCCAAAAAGCAUGGAUUGCAUGCAUAUGGAUGUCUACAGUCCUGAAGUAAAUUAUCUCAGUGCUCAAAUGUUCACAUUUCAAUGUUCAAAUUUGUUUAGCUGAAAAAAUAGAUGGUAAAUUUUGAGACCAAUGAUUCUUCAAAAUACUAGACAAAAUUUGUGAAACUACAUAUACUUACAGCAGUAUUUUUAGUGUUAAGAAUAUAUAUAUACUUACCUAAUGAAACUUUUCUUUUCUAGAAUUAUGUUUCACCCUAAGUCAUGUGUAUGUUUCUUUUUGAUUAUUUGCAUGUUAUGUUUAACAAGCCAAUAGCAAAAUAAAACAUAGCAAAUGGCA